AUGUCUUUCUCUAAGCUCACCACUUUCGCCGGUAUGGUUGCCGCAGUCUCCGCUCACGGAUAUGUUUCCGGUAUUGUAGCCGGUGGAACCUACUACACUGGAUGGCUCGUCAGCUACGCAUACCAAACCCCAGAACCUGAUUCGAUCGGUUGGGCUGACACCAACCUUGAUCUCGGAUUCACAUCACCAUCUGCCUAUACCACUGGUGAUAUCAUCUGUGCCAAAGAAGCUACCAACGCUGCUCUCUCAGCUACCAUUGCCGCUGGCGACAGUAUUGAUUUCCAAUGGACUGUCUGGCCUGAGUCCCAUCACGGUCCAGUCAUCACCUACCUUGCCAACUGCAAUGGAGACUGUGCUACCGUUGACAAGACCACUCUUGAAUUCUUCAAGAUUGACGAGGCUGGAUUGAUAGACGACACCACUGUUCCCGGAACCUGGGCUUCCGACAAUUUGAUUGCCAACAACAACACCUGGACCACUACCAUCCCAGCUGAUCUCGCUCCUGGAAACUACGUCGCUCGUCAUGAGAUUAUUGCUCUCCACAGUGCCGGAUCUGAGGAUGGUGCUCAAAACUACCCUCAAUGUAUCAACUUGGAAGUCACUGGUUCCGGUACCCUCGCUCCUGAAGGAACUCUCGGUGAGGCUCUCUACACUCCUACCGACCCAGGUAUCUUGGUCAACAUCUACGCUGCCCUCACAUACACUAUCCCCGGUCCAGCUAUGUACAACGCUACCGGAGCUGCUACCGUAGCCGCAUCCGGAGUCGCAUCCGCCACCUCUGCCGCCGCUAGCGUUGCCACUUCCGCCGCUGUUGUUGCCACCAGUGCCGCCGCUAGCUCUGUCGCUGCCGUUACUUCUGCCGCUGCUUCUGUUGCUAUCUCCAGCGCAGCCGGUGCCGUUGUAUCCACAACUGCUGCCCCAACCACGAUGAUCACAUCCGUUGCCCCAGCCGCUACCUCUGCUGCUGCAUCUGAUGACGAUGAGACCUGUGACGCAUAA